AUGUAUUGUUUCGCCACGGAUCGCGUUAACACCAAAUACGGAAACGUCCGGACCCCUCUGGAAAUUGUGGAGCUGUUAGUGGGCUCCGUUCUUUCGAAAGUUCUAUUGUGGUUAUUCGGUGGUCGAGUGAAGAUGUGGCUGUUUGCGAUAUCUGCUUUCGUUACCAUUUCUAUCGGAUUCGUCGACUUUAUGCUAGAUCUGGAAGCGCUAACACUCGGAGCAAACCAGCAUGAGACUCAGCGGGCUGCCAGCAACCAAGGUCUCCGAAGAACCGAAGAGCAUUUCCAGCUGAAAGAGCUUCCCGCUAGCAACAACCCGCCGGGUCCAAGUGCUUCUGCGGACCAGCAGUUAGACUAUUUCCCUUUGCCCCCAGCCGAUGAGCUUCCCCAUCUUCAGUUUACAAGACGAGAGGAGACGGUUGUCAACGAGAAUGCUGAUCAGGACCAAAUCGAGCAACCGAGAUGUCACAUCUACGUUACAAUGACUGAAGAGUCGGAAAACACACCGAAAAUCGAACCAGAAGUCGAGAAGACUGAAGAGACGGAGAAAGUGGAGACGGAGAGUGUUAAGGAGGAAGUCAAGGAUUGGGUGCCGGAAAUCUAUCGUUCACAUGGUGGUGACCCUCGUUCGGUCAACUUGAACUUCGCUGUGUUGUUGAGUCACAUCUCAACUGACUUGAUCACUGACUCCUACGAGCAAUUCGAUGAGACGAUCCGUACGAUGCUGAAGAUGGGACAUAAUCUGAAUUCGGAUAACAUUGUGAAGGUGAUCCGUAUCCCGAUGCUCGAGGAUGGUGCUCCGAAUAAGAACAGUGCUCUGAGAGCGCUAAUCUGCUUCUCCGACAAGAUACAACAAUGUCGUUGUCUGGCGAGAAAAGCGAAAUUCGAAGAGGAUCAACAGAAAGUUGAGGCAAUCGAGUCGCUGCCUGAGUCGUUUCUUUUCAUUAGUGAAGAGGAUCGUCAGAUUCUGGAGAACGGAGUGCACGAGCAACACGAGGAAGAAGAGGAGAAUGAUGAUGUUGGAGAGGAAGUUGAUGAGAUGAUGGAGGAAGAAGAGGGACACGAUGAGCAUGAAGAGGAUGAUGAGGAGGAAGAUGUCAAGAAAGAAGAGGAGAAGAAAGAGACUAAAGAAACUGAGAAUAAGAAGAGCAGCGGUGACGUGAAGAGUCAGAAGCCAGAAGAGCCAAAGAAGAAGGUUUACGAGGAUGACGACGAGAAGGCUUCAUUCGAGAUGCAAUGGGAGGGUGCGCCAGAGUUUCAGUGGAGAUUGUGCGACGGAGCUCGUGACGAGAAAAAGCUGAUAAUCGAGAAUGUGAUGUGGGCGGAUCUUCAGGACGUCUUCAUCUACCGUACGAUUCAGAAGGCGACUCUCUGUGAGACGAGUUUCCCAACUCGUUAUUCGAAUGAGGGACAACGUCCAGUCUACGGAAAACUUACACUGAUCUUCCCAGGAUUUGUGGCGAUUAUGGAUGAGGCUCUGAAACAUUUGAUAUAUUUCCGUAGUGGAGAUAACCGAAGAAUCAAAGUGUUCCUCCCACAAACCACGGUCUCGUUGAAGAGAAAAGAGGAGUUCGAGGGGAAACUCGGAAGAUUAAUCAAACCGACACAGAGAAUGAUGGAAUUGGUUAUCAAGAUUCUUCCCGAUGGAUACGUUCCCACUUUGGAUGACGCUUGUCAGUGGUUUCCAGAUCAAUCGGUUAUCGGAUGCGAAUUGGUCCAGGAUGAGAUGGGAAAACCAUGUGCCAUCGUGAGAUUCGAGACCGCCCAAGAGGCAGUCGCUGCUCACGCGAGCAAAUCAUUCGUUUUCAUCGGAUUGAAGGGUGAAGAAGUGAAGAAAGAGGAGACGAAUGACGAUAAGGAUGAUAGUGUUGUCGAGGAGAAACGACACCGGUGCAAUGUUUUUAUGAGAGGAGUCGAGGCUCACUUCGGAUCGUAUCUCACUUUCUACGACCAACGCAAGAAAGCUCAGGAGCAAAGUCGUCAAAACCGUCAGAAACGAGGUGGUCCCGGACCGUCAUCGACCGCCGCCCAGAAGCGUCCAGCCGGUUCGACGAUUCGUGGACCCGUUCAGAAGAAACGAGCGAUAUCUCCGAAGAGAGCCGGUGGAGCACCGAGAGAUUCUACAGGUGGUACACCACGCGGUGGUAAUGCAUCGCGCAGUGCUCCAAGAGGAGGUUCUGGUGGAGGGGGCGGAGCUAGACGUCCGUCAUCCCCAGUGAGAUCAUCGAGACAAACGCCACGUGGAUCUGUGUCAAGAGGUGGACAAUCGACGAGAGGAGGCACUGGAAGUACACCGAGAGGAGCAUCGAGAGGUGGAAGUGGUGGUGGAAGAGGUGGAAGAACUGGUGAUCGUGGAAUGAGUCGAUCCGCCCCACGCUCAUCGAACAGCAACUAUCGCUCCGAUUCAUUCUCAUCAUCAUCACAGAGACAACAGCCAAGAACCGAUGCAUUCUCGGGAUAUGGAUACGCUCACUUCGAUAGCCGUUACGGUGCAAGUGGAAGCAGCAACGAUCGUCCAGCUGUUGAUCCAUUCGGGCGUCCGAUGUAUUCUGCCUUCUCGAACACAUCAUCAUCGUCAUUCCAUCGAGAUGAUUCGUCGUCCCGCGGAUUCUCAUCAUCAUCGUCGUCAUUCGAGUGA